AUGGUUCCUCAUCGGCGCUCGUCUUUGUCCGACCACGACCCUUCACGCCAGGAUAACCAUCCGCCUUCGAGUUCAUCGGUUGAUUCAUGGGAUCAGCGAGAAAAUGGUACGAGGGGCAGUGGAAUGCGUGAGUCGUAUGGGGAUGGGAAUACCGACUUGCCGCGACCGGAGACGCCUCCAAGCGAGACGAGAGACCGGGGUAUAACCACAAACGGGAACGAGUCGCAAACCUUGAAGCGUCAGAGGACGGGACGUAUUCCUCGAGAAACGAACGCGAGUGGCGAGACUACGAAUGAUACUACUACAUCGAAUGGGGCUGUGGAUAACGAGGAGGCUCACAAUGGUUACGCCGAGCUGAAAGCCGGACAGUUUCCCCCACAGCAGGCUCUGGGGCUCGUUUUUGAACAUACCGAUAAUGGUGAUGACGCCCACCGGACAUCGUUGGUCGAUGUACUUCAAGGGGAUGAGGCCGGCGCCGCGCUGAAUGCCUGGUCGGAGAAGAUGUCGCCCUCGAAGGGGGGGGAUGUGGAUCGAGAGGGAGAGAAGGUUCUGAAGCUAUCCCCGGCGAAGAUCCAGGAGCUCACCUCGUCGCCGCAGUCGAUACCGUAUCGUCCUGUGGCGUCGGAGACAGACCAAGGUCGACGGGUGUUGUCGGAUGGCAUGCAUACAACAGGUGCAGAUUCGGACGCGGGCGAGUCGAGAGUUCACGCUGGCCAUAUUGCUAGAGAUUCCCAGCCAGAGGAUGCAUUGGGGCUGGGAAUCUUUGCCGCCUCGAAACAUUCGGUGUCCAACGGUCGUACGAGGCCGCAUGCCUCGAGGACAGUCUCGACUCCCACCUCAUCGCGACGACCGACGCUACAGGGGACCAACGAACGGCUGGCGCAGACGUGGGCGUCGCGGUCCAAACCCGACCGCCCGGGAAUCGGUCUGGGGAACGGUCGCUUGGAGCAGGAAUCCAAGCGCCAACUCAGCCCUUCCCCGGUUAUCACCGAGCCUGCCUUGCCCUCUCCCAUGCCACCGUCCAUCCCCCUUCCUCCCCUGUCGGUGCCGACAUACCUGCAAUUGGAGCUUUCGUCUGGCCGACCUUCACCUCUGUAUAUUCAUCGCUCCGUGACGAAUGAUUUCCCAUAUGAAUCGUCGCGCGUCAAACUCGAGCGCUUGUCGAGUUUUCUGAGACUGCCGCCGGCCCUGGAGCAGGUGCUCUGGUUUGGAAUCCUGGCAUGCCUGGACGCGUGGCUGUAUUCCUUCACAAUCCUCCCCCUGCGAUUUUGCAAGGCUCUGUAUAUUCUGUUGGAGUCCUGGCUGGUCAACCUGGGCAUGGAGUUCCGUUUUGUCUCGGACUUUGUCAUCAAGGGAAUUGGGAGAGUCUGGAGGAGGCAGAAGAGACCAGUCCCUGGCUCAGAGGCUGAACGUAGACCGCGAGGCACUUCUACCGAGCGAGAACCAAGAAUCAAGUCCGGGGAAUCACGGCGACGGCACCGCGCCGAUACACACAAGCACCAGCAUCGCCGGCAAAAGUCCAUCCCUUCUGCUCUUCUGCCUGACGACAAAGCCGACAUCCUCAAGGGAUUGUUGAUGAUCGCUACAUGCUGUGUUCUCAUGUACUUUGACGCUAGUCGAAUGUACCACUGGAUUCGCGGCCAGGCGGCUAUCAAGCUGUACGUGAUCUACAAUGUGCUGGAGGUCAGUGACCGGCUGCUGGCCGCUAUCGGACAAGACGUGCUGGAGUGUCUCUUCUCGCGUGAGGCUCUGGAGCGUCGCCCGGACGGACGCAGCAAGGUGUUUCGGCCGUUUGGCCUCUUUUUGCUGGCCUUGGCUUAUACUGUGCUUCACGCCACGGCAUUGUUCUACCAAGUCAUGACGCUGAAUGUGGCGGUCAACUCGUAUUCGAACGCGUUGAUCACGCUUUUGCUUUCGAACCAGUUUGUCGAGAUCAAGUCGACGGUGUUCAAGAAGUUUGAAAAGGAGAACUUGUUCCAGCUUACGUGUGCCGAUGUGGUUGAGCGAUUCCAGCUCUGGCUAAUGCUCACGAUUAUCGCCUCGCGCAAUAUUGUAGAAACAGGAGCAUUCAACUUUGUUGGCACGCUGAGCUCCAGUCUGAGUAGCCGGUCGACCAGCACCAACAGCACCCCUCUGUCGACUCCUCCCAGGUCGUCAUCCUCUAUUCUCCCGCAGUCUUUCACCUUCUUUCCGUCGUCACUCAUCUCCUCUUUCAGCCAAGUCAAUUCCUUCCUGCCAACAUUGGCGCAGGUGCUGGGUCCGUUCUUGGUUGUCCUGGGGUCGGAGAUGCUCGUGGACUGGCUCAAGCAUGCAUACAUCAGCAAGUUCAACAACACCCGGCCGGCCAUCUACGGCCGCUUCUUGGAUGUCCUGGCCAAGGAUUACUAUACCAAUGCGUUUGGCGACCAAAACCUCACAAAGCGCCUGGGGCUCCCAGUGAUCCCGCUGUCUUGCCUCUUUUUCCGAGUCUCUGUCCAGACGUAUCAGAUGUUCCUCGCCGCGCUGCUUCCGCAUCAGCCGUCGUCGACGGCCGUUGAGUCGACCUCCCUCGCCUCCAUUCACAGCCACUACGUGCCAUCGCCGAUCCCGUCCGCGCCCCCGCUGACUUUACGUACUAUCCUCCCUGCCUCGGCCGCGCACGCCAGCGCUUUCUUCCGGAGGGUGUUGGCCAACGCGAUGCCUUCGCCGGCACAAUCGGUGUACAUUUUCACCAUUGUACUCAUUCUGACGGCGUUUAUCCUCCUGUUGAUCCUGAAGUUGCUUCUGGGCAUGCUUCUCCUAGCGUACUCCCGCUCGCGGUACAAGGCAAUGAAGGCCCGGGAGGCGGAACUGUCGCACAAGACAGAAAACGGAAGCGCCACGGGCACUGCGUCUCGGGGACGCGAGUUUGCGAUCGAGGGAAGCCGUCGCGUGGGCGGAUGGGGCUCGGUCGAGGUCAACGACGACAAGCGGCGGUGGAUCUACGCGGAUGACCCGGAGGGCCUGCGCCGGCUGAAGGCGCGGGAGGAGAGAGACAAGGAGAAGGCUGCGAAAGAGGGCGAGGCGUCGAUGGACCAUGUGCAGCGCUACGAGAUGGUGGCCAAGCGAAUAUGGUAG